AAAAGGGAAUUCCUUCAUGCUAUUAUUUAGUAUUAAUAAAAAAGACUUGACGGACUGAGGAAAAAACUACAGGAACAAGAUGGCUGCGCCCAGCUAUGGACCGUGGAACUCGAGAGAUUUGAUUCCUCCACCCACUAAUUUCUUGAAGAUCAACCUAGCAAGAUUAUCAGAUGAAGAGUCUCAUUCUCAUGAUGAUUUGAAAUCAACCUUGUACUCUAUUCAAAAUGGCCGAGAUCUCAAUGGUUCAUUGCUGAAAGCGGAGCUAGUUACCCUCUCUCGCUUUCUCUACAAAAAUAAGAAUUCCCAAAGAAACUGGAAACUUUAUGGACUACUUGUGAAGUUAAAAAAAUGUUUGGAGAGGUUAGCUAACACAUCGAUACACUCCUAUGCAGGGACGAUGCUAUCAGCCUGGGAUGGAUUUCCUGAUUUAUCCAGUCCUGUAAUCAGUCUUCCUAGUCGACAGAUGCUAGAGUACCUCUGUGUUGGACUACAAGGAUGCACCAAACUUUGUGCGUACAUAGCUUCUCAGUGUGAACAAGCUGCACUCCUCAUGAUAGAGACAUUACAUAAUGGAAUGUUCCUUAGCAGCUCUCUAGUCUUUCUUGCCAUUGUCAGCCGUAUCAGAGUUUUAAUUUGUAAUUUCUUCAAAUCAGCAGUGGGAUGGUAUGAUAAUCUUGUAACUGUGAGGUCUUUUUUACCCUCAACAAAUUCAGAAUGGCUUUCAAAAGGCACAGAGCUUCCUGGGACCCUGCUGGAAUGGCUUGGAGAUGAGGCUUCAAGACUAACAUUAGAUGUCACAAGGUCAAAGAAUGCUUCUGAAUUGAGUCUGCUGGACAGGCUCUUCAAUACCAGUCUAGAGGUCAGUUUGGACAUGACUGAAGGUGGAGAGCGGGAGGUCACUGCAAUCAGUCAGCUACUAAUGAGUACUGGUCUAGAGGUCAAGAGGAACGUAAAAGAUGGGGAAGAGCGGGCAGUCACUUCGGUCAGUCAGCAACCAACAGGAACUGGGCUAGAGAUCAGGAUGGACACCGGAGAUGUAGGAGAGCAAGACGUCACCAAGGUCGGUCAGCAACCAACAGGAUUUGGUCUUGAGGUCAAGAUGGACAUGAAAGACAUAGGAGAGCGUGAGGUCACUAAGGUCAGUCAGCAACCAACAGGAACUGGUCUAGAGAUCAGGAUGGAUAUGAGAGACGGAGGAGGUCAUAAGGUCACUGCCGUUGCUCAGCAACCAACAGAUAAUAAUCUUAUGGUCAGGAUGGACACGAAAGCUAAAGGAGAGCGGGAGGUCACUGUGAGCUGUCAGCAAUCAAAGAGUAUGCCUGCAACAUUACCAGAUCUAGGAGAAAAAUUGAGUCAAGCAGAGGUGGCCUUGAUGAGGGAUAGGAGAAAGCAGGGAUACCAUCAAUUCAAUCCAGAUGUUGUCUCAACAAAAGAAAAUGGAAACGCCAUUAGAAAGAAAGAAAAUGCUAGGAUGAACUCCCCACCCAGAAACAGAAGGAAAACAAAAUUCAACACAUCAGACUUUCAGUCAGAAGAAGGGCAAUUUCCAAAGGUUUUUAAGCAGAAGGUCAAGGUUAAAGGAGUCGGCUCGAGAAAAGGAUGGCCCAUAAAAAAAUUGGGUGUGGGCUCUGUUCCGAAUUAUAGUUGUUUGGGAAGUAACACACCAUCUAUCGGCUCAGAGACAAAGAUAACUAAGAAGAGAAGCAAAGGAAAGGGAUUGGCAAGUUCUAUUCUAACCACUGUGUCAGUUCAGGGAGGUAAAGUUUGUAGAAGAACUUCAACUAGCCGAAGGGUAGGGGUCCCUUCUAUUCGACGUAGCGUGUCUCAAGAGAGCUCAUCAGACGGUCAAUCAGGUGCGUCUAGAAACACUAAGAGAGGGGUAAAGCUUCAGCAGUGUAUAGCAAAGAUGAAGCACAGAAAGAAGAGUAGGUCUGAUAUUAGCAGUAAUGGCUCAAACAGUCUAGUUAUCAAGAAUAGUGCUGUGUCAUGUACUCCUAGCUCAGCAAUCUCUAUUGUAAGAGGAUAUUCCGAAAACAGUAGUUCUGGUGAUAAAACCUUCAACCCGAACAGUCUGCCUAUCAGGAAUACUGCUGUAUCCCGCAUAGCCAGCUCAACAUACGUUAUUGAUGCAGGAUCUUCACAUUCUCUUAAAAAUUGUAGAAAUCAUCCAGAACUGUUCAUGUCAUCACCCACUUAUGGAGCAAGAUCUUAUGAAGGAAAGGAAAGUAGAACAAGCAUGUCUUCUGCUACUCAGAAACCUACAUUGGAUACUUCCGGAAACAGCCACAAAAGAGGGAGAGUUACAGUGCCCCCAACAAAACAUAGUCCCAAAACACUAAGUACUGUUACCAAAGAAAGAAGUCUUCCAUCUGCCAUAUUGCCUUACAGCAGGUAUGAACCAUCCAGGGCUAUCACAAAACAAUCAUCUUUAUUAAAUCCAGGAGGAACAGUAAGCAGUCUUGGAUUUAAGAAAAAGAAACUUGUGAAGAGAUUAAAGAAACUGAAACAGAAAUUGACAGGCAAAGGCAGAACUACUCCGGACAGUUCACUGCACUAUACAAAUCAAAUGAGCAUCUCAAGAAGCACUCCAUUACAGAUUCAGCAACAACAUCAUUUCAACCUUCAACCUCUUCGGAAUCAGUAUCAACAUCAUGGCCAAUCCAGUGAGCCUCAGUAUUAUCAUGGUAACAAACAUCCUCAAUCUCAUCAUCAUCAUCAUCAUGAAAGCAGAACACAUCCACACCAGGGCAACAGGCAACAAAAAGACAUUCCUCACAAGAAGCACCCCAGCAAAAAAAAUCAACAAGCACAUCCAUUGCCACCCUCAUAUCACAAUUUGAGUCAAAAGACUUCCAAAAAGAAGAGUCAUGCCCAGAAAGGAUUGGUACUAAAUCAGAAAAGGGAAAAUCAUAAAAGAAAAACAAGAGAUACUGACCAUGAUAUGGAUUCUAUAUUUGCAAGCUUACUUUGAUCGUGGUCCAUGAGGGGUUGUUCAAUGAAGCUAUUUGUGCAGUUGCUCAACAAUUUAUGAACAAUUUGCAAUAUGAAGUACUCGCAUUUCCAGGUAUUUUAACAGAGAAUGCCUGUAUUCAUUUAGAUUGUUGCAACCAAGUAUAAUUUUCACCAAAGUAUUUUUUUAACAUUUGUUUAUGUUAUUACCAAUAUUGUUUGAAGUAAUUUCAUUAUUAUAUAUGUAUGUAUGCAGUGCAUACAAAUGACUUGCUAAAGGCACCUUGAGUGGAAAUCAAACCUCAGACUUUUGUGUGUCUACCACUUACCUUAGACCUCUCGACCAGCACCUUCACAAAAAGAAAAAUUUUAAGAAUAAUAUGCAUAAGUUCUGCAUAUUAUCGCCCCGUCUUAAGCAUACAGUUGCUGCCAAGAAGACAUUUUUGUCUCACCUGCAAAGCAGAGCGAGACUAUAGGCGAAAAACUUAAUAUUUGUGGAUUUUUUAGGCUUUGUUUGAUUUAACAAAAAGUUUAGGCUUUGGUUGAUUUUACAUAACAAAUAUGUGCACAUUACAAGCGAAGUGCAAAUUAGAGUUACACGAUGAUGUCACAUAUUCACUCUUUUUAAACACUGUUUCUUCCUUGUUAGCAUCCUUUCCACCUUUCUUUUAUUUAUUGCCCCACCCUCUAAUCUGGUCAAUAAAAAUGCACAAAAUAUAUGACAAAUUUUAUCACUCUUAAGACUUUCAUGUGCUGCUUAUUAGGAAUCUGUGGUUUUCUAUUAAGCACCAUUACCCUUGGUGCAUUUAUCAAAAUAGAAACCAAGAUAUAAUUACAUAUUCCAUAUAAAAGAAAGGAUUUUUUUUUUAUUGAUUCUUUUAGUGUCAUUUUUGUAGCCCCCCCCCCCCAUAGCUGGUUGCAACUAGUUUGAUAUCAUAAAAAGAAUAAUAAUUUUCAUAUUUAUGUGACUUUGUUUAAACUUUGACCCACCUACUUCUCCUCAUUUCAUUCCAUACAACUAUUGGGAUGGAUCAGGGCCCUGUUGCAUAAAAGUUUUUAUUAUGGUAACUUUGCCAUUCAACGGUAACUUCCAUGGUAACGAUGAUCAGCAGCCAAUAAAAAUCAAGAAUUCCAGGCAAGAUACCCUUGGAUGGCAAAGUUACCAUAAUGGUAACUUCUAUGCAACAGGACCCAAGCCUUGCUUAGUAGCAAGUACAUGUACGACUGCUUUUUCAAAAAUGAAUGGAUAAAAACACGUCAAUUUUUCAGAUAUUGUGUUGGAUCUGUUUUUAUGUUGUUUAAAUUAUCAGAAGCAGUUUUGGACAAAUAUCUUCUGGGGAGGAGGGCUCCACCCACCUGACCCAUGCCAGCAGCCCUUAAGUGGGCCCCUGGACCCGUGCCAUGAUGUGUUUGCUAUGCAUGUUGGUUAGUAGCCGCAAUAAAGAUAUCUGAUAACAAUACUAAUCAAGAACCCCUGCUCUAGGACUAUUUCAACACACAUGAUCAACUCUUUUAUUUUUUUGUUGCCACAGUAAUGCAAUAUUUGUAUAAUUAUGAAAUCUAAGUGAAGUUUACUCUUCAUAUUUUCUGGGGAACAAGUCCUGAUUCAUUCGAUCAUUACCAUCCAAUUGUUUGCUUCUCAGCCAAUAAAAGUCAAGGAAACUUGACAGAUCUGAUAACUACUAGUAUUCAGACAAAGCUGUUGAAAAGAGAAUGGAAAGGGAAAUUCAAAUAAUUUCCAUUUACUUGUAAAUAUUGUGAUUAGAUGUGAUUGAAUACUAACAAAACACAUAAUUUAAAAAGGGGGGGGGGGACAAAAUAGAAUGGAAGCUGAGCUAAGCAGCUCGUUGGGAGCAUGUUUAAUUACAAAUCGUUGAUCAUGUAAUGUCUCGUUCUGAACAAUAAAAAAGGAAUCUCGUUCUAUUAUGUAAUGUCUCGUUCUGAACAAUAAAACGAGUCUCGUUCUAAUUAUGUAAUGUCCUGUUCUCAACAAUAAAAAAGGGGGAUUGGUAUCAAUCCAGUCUCACAACGUUGGCUCGUUGUGAGCAUGUCCAAUUUUAAAUCGUUAAUUAUGUACAUGCAAUGUCUUAUUCUGAACAAUGAGAAAGAGAGUCUCGUUCAAAUUAUGUAAUAUCUCGUUCUGAACAAUAAAAAAAGAGUCUCGUCUGUAAUCUCUCUGAACAAUAAAAAUAGGGAUUGGUAUACUAUCUUAUAAGUUUUGCAACCAUGAAUUUAAUAGAUCUAUGUCUCGUUCUAAUAUAGUUAAAAGUGGUAUGGCACUUAAUCUCACAACGUUGGCUUGUUGCCAGCUAUUGUAUAGCAAUUCAGUCUUUAACAAGUCUUGGGUCACAUAAUCAAUGUCAAAUGUCAUUUAGGGUAAAUAAACGUAGAAUUAUAUUA